CUCCCACUAGCCCAUCUCUCUCUCUCUCUCUCUCGAACUCCCGCUUUCUCUCUCCUCCUCCUCUCUCUCUCUCUCUCUGAUACUCAGAUUACAUUAAUCUCUCUGUGUUCUAUCGAUCGGGCGGCUGUAAUCUCUCCAGCCAUGACGAUGAUGACUCCUCAGCCGUUGGAUCAACAGGAAGAUGAAGAGAUGCUGGUGCCGCACUCCGAUUUAGUAGAAGGCCCUCAGCCUUUAGUCGAAGGCCCUCAGCCAAUGGAAGUGGCACAAGCAGACAGUGCUGGAACUGUCGAAAACCAGGCUAGUGAUGAACCACAAGCAUCACGUUUCACAUGGACAAUUGAGAACUUCUCCCGAUUGAAUAUCAAGAAGCUUUAUUCUGAUGUCUUUGUUGUCGGGGGUUAUAAAUGGCGGGUGCUUAUUUUUCCAAAAGGAAAUAAUGUGGACUACUUGUCGAUGUACUUAGAUGUGGCUGAUUCAUCCAGUUUGCCGUAUGGGUGGAGUAGAUAUGCGCAGUUUAGCUUGGCUGUAGUUAAUCAAAUGAAUAACAAAUACACAAUAAAAAAAGACACACAGCAUCAAUUCAAUCAAAGGGCGAGUGAUUGGGGUUUCACAUCCUUCAUGCCUCUGAGUGAGCUCUAUGACCCCAACAAGGGUUACCUUGUCAAUGAUACUUGUGUUGUUGAAGCUGAUGUUGCUGUGCGUAAGGUCAUUGAUUACUGGACAUAUGACUCAAAGAAGGAGACAGGCUAUGUUGGUCUUAAGAACCAGGGGGCAACUUGUUACAUGAACUCUCUGCUCCAGACUUUGUACCAUAUUCCUUACUUCAGAAAGGCUGUAUAUCAUAUGCCAACAACAGAGAAUGAUAACCCCUCAGGGAGUAUCCCUUUGGCUUUACAGAGUCUAUUUUAUAAGCUCCAAUAUAAUGACACCAGUGUGGCUACAAAAGAACUGACGAAAUCGUUUGGAUGGGACACAUAUGAUUCCUUUAUGCAACAUGAUGUCCAAGAACUUAAUAGAGUUUUAUGUGAAAAGCUUGAAGACAAGAUGAAGGGAACUGUUGUUGAAGGAACCAUACAAAAGUUGUUUGAAGGGCAUCAUAUGAAUUAUAUUGAAUGCAUCAAUGUGGACUUCAAAUCUACAAGAAAAGAAUCCUUUUAUGACCUUCAACUCGAUGUAAAAGGCUGCAAGGAUGUCUAUGCUUCAUUUGACAAGUAUGUAGAAGUAGAACGUCUUGAAGGAGAUAACAAGUACCACGCCGAAGAACAUGGUUUGCAGGAUGCCAAGAAGGGGGUCUUGUUCAUUGACUUUCCUCCAGUUCUCCAGCUUCAGUUAAAGCGUUUUGAGUAUGAUUUUAUGAGAGAUACAAUGGUUAAGAUAAAUGACCGCUAUGAAUUUCCAUUGGAACUUGAUCUUGAUAGAGAGAAUGGCAAGUAUUUAUCCCCAGAAGCUGAUAGGAGCGUACGAAACCUCUACAUGCUUCACAGUGUCUUGGUGCAUAGUGGCGGGGUGCAUGGCGGACAUUAUUAUGCUUUCAUCAGGCCAACGCUUUCUGAUCAGUGGUACAAAUUUGAUGAUGAGAGGGUCACUAAGGAAGAUGUGAAGAGGGCGCUAGAAGAGCAGUAUGGUGGUGAGGAGGAGCUGCCACAGACAAAUCCUGGCUACAACAACACUCCUUUCAAAUUUACAAAGUAUUCAAAUGCAUACAUGCUUGUAUAUAUACGAGUCAGUGACAAGGAUAAAAUAAUUUGUGAUGUGGAUGAGAAGGACAUUGCAGAGCAUCUUAGGAUAAGACUGAAAAAGGAACAAGAAGAAAAGGAAGAUAAGAGAAGAUACAAAGCACAGGCCCACCUCUACACUAUUAUCAAGGUUGCUCGAGAUGAAGACUUGAGGGAACAGAUUGGAAAAGAUAUAUAUUUUGAUCUUGUUGAUCAUGAUAAAGUUCGGAACUUCCGUAUCCAGAAACAGAUGCCUUUUAACCUUUUCAAGGACGAGGUUGCUAAAGAACUUGGUAUACCAGUUCAAUUUCAGCGAUUCUGGAUAUGGGCAAAAAGACAGAACCAUACGUAUCGUCCAAACCGGCCAUUGACACCACAAGAGGAGGCACAAACUGUAGGAGCAUUGAGGGAAGUUUCCAAUAAGGCACACAAUGCAGAGCUGAAGUUGUUCCUGGAAGUAGAACGUGGACUGGAUUCACGUCCGGUUCCUCCUCCGGAAAAAAAUAAAGAAGACAUACUUCUGUUCUUUAAGCUUUAUGAUCCUGACAAGGAAGAGCUCCGAUAUGUUGGGAGGCUCUUCGUGAAGAGCUCCGGCAAGCCAAUGGAGAUCCUGACAAAGCUGAAUGAAAUGGCUGGAUUUGCUCCUGAUCAAGAGAUUGAACUCUUUGAGGAGAUCAAGUUUGAGCCAUCUGUUAUGUGUGAACGCCUUGAUAAAAGAGCUUCAUUUCGAUUUAGUCAGAUCGAAGAUGGAGACAUUAUAUGCUUCCAGAAACGGCCUCCACCUGAAAGUGAGGAGAAAAACCGAUUUCCAGAUGUUCCAUCAUUUCUGGAAUAUGUGAAGAAUCGCCAGAUUGUGCAUUUUCGAGCUCUAGAAAGACCCAAGGAAGAUGAGUUUUGCCUAGAGUUAGCAAAGAACCACACAUAUGAUGAUGUUGUGGAAAGAGUUGCCCAACGCCUUGGCUUGGACGAUUCAUCUAAAAUUCGGCUUACUCCUCAUAAUUGCUACUCUCAGCAACCUAAGCCCAAUCCUAUCAAAUAUAGAUCAGUCGAUCAUUUGUUAGACAUGCUUGUCCACUACAAUCAGAUUUCUGACAUACUGUAUUAUGAAAUUCUGGACAUCCCUCUUCCGGAAUUGCAAUGUCUAAAAACGUUGAAAGUCGCCUUCCAUCAUGCCACAAAGGAUGAGGCUACAAUCCUCAACAUUAGACUGCCAAAACCAAGUACUGUUGGGGAUGUGCUUAAUGAAAUUAAAACAAAGGUAGAGUUAUCUCAUCCAAAUGCGGAACUUAGGCUGCUUGAAGUUUUCUAUCACAAGAUUUACAAGAUUUUUCCUGUCCAUGAGAAAAUUGAGAAUAUAAAUGACCAGUACUGGACGUUGCGUGCUGAAGAGAUCCCAGAAGAGGAAAAGAAUUUGGGGCCCAAUGAUCGCUUGAUUCAUGUUUAUCAUUUCACAAAAGAGACGGCUCAAAAUCAAGUGCAAGUCCAGAAUUUUGGGGAACCAUUCUUUUUGGUCAUUCAUGAAGGUGAAACAUUAGCAGAAGUUAAAUUACGAAUUCAAAAGAAAUUGCAGGUUCCAGAUGAGGAGUUUUCUAAGUGGAAGUUUGCCUUUCUGUCACUGGGACGUCCCGAGUAUCUUGAGGAUUCUGACAUUGUCUCAAGUCGUUUUCAGAGAAGAGAUGUUUAUGGUGCUUGGGAGCAGUACCUGGGGUUGGAACACUCGGACAUAACUCCUAAAAGGGCAUACUCGUCGAGCCAGAAUCGCCACACAUUUGAGAAGCCUGUAAAAAUAUACAAUUGAGGCGAAUUGCAAUUAUCUGAAAAUACCAACCUGAACGCCACAAUACGAUGAUGGGGAAAAUCUUGAAGUGUGGAUGUUGAAACUCGACAAUGAAAUAUGAGGCAGCAAAGGGGAGAAUGAUAUGAUGCAUUUCUUCCCGCCAUCAAAGGAUCUGCUGGUCUUUCUGCUACUAUCAUUGUUUCACCUUCUUUUUACCUUGGAUGGGAAGGCCAGCCUCCAUUGUUAGAUGUAUGUUGUUUUCUUUUUCUUCUUUUUGUAGUCAUCAGUUCUUGCACUUCAUAUAUUUCCAAUUUUACCCUGCUUUGAAGUAGUCGGAAAAUUUGAAGUUGUCCUUGUGUAAUUUUAUCAUAGCGGAUUUUGUACGAGGUUGUAAAGUGGGUAUAGUUAGGCCAUCAAUAUUAUCUCAUGACUCUUCAUUUUUGUCAUUUUUCCUUUUAAUUUUCAAUCAUCCCCUUGUUUUGGUUGUAUCUUAUGUUUUGUAUAAAGUAUAGGGGAUUAGGUUGUACAAGAAACGAUUAUGUUUCCAUUUAAUAUAGAUAGAUUUCUCUA